AUGGCCAAGUCGAAGAACCAUACGGCUCAUAAUCAGUCCUUCAAGGCCCACAGGAACGGCAUCAAGAAGCCCCGCAAGCACCGGAAGACCUCCACCAGGGGGGUAGGACUUCUGGAGUUGUUUUUCCUACUGUUUAUUCUUUAAUUAUUUCCAACGUCAUCUUCGGUUGAUUAGUCGCAGUAUCUCUGGAUUCUGGUCCAAUUUUUUUUAUUGUCCUCUCUCUCACACGCACAUUUGUUUCUUCAUAUCCUCUUUAUUCCAUAUCAGAGCACCCGCCUUACGUCUGCAUUUCACUCUGGUUUUAUUUUCAUUGCUAUGGCCAUCUCUUCACAUUCAACGAGCGCUUCUGAUCCCAAAUCUUCUGCGGAUCUCUGCAGAUGGAUCCAAAAUUCCUGAGGAAUCAGAGGUACGCGAGGAAGCAUAACAAGCCGAAUGGUGCGUCCGCAAGUGAGCAGGAGGAAUAG